AGGGGAGAGGAGACGGAGAGGGGUCACGACAAAAGAAAGGGGAGGGGGGAAGAUGAGCGAGGAGAGCAAGGACAAGCCGCAAUGCAGCACCUUCCAUGGCGCCUCCGACCACGCCCAGCCCGCCAGCAUCGGCUUCCCCCUGCCGGUGCCGCCGCCGGGCCUAACAAUCGCCCAUUCCCCCUCUCCUGCCUCUCCGGCCGGCUUAACCGCCGCUCAACCUCCCUUCCCUGCGCCUCCGCAGCAGCCGUUGCCUCCCUCUUACGCCCACGACUACCAGGCCGCCCCAGGUUAUGCACAUGUCGUUGAAGGAAGACCAGAGACACUGCCAAGUCUCCCUUGCUGCGGCUUGGGCAUCGGUUGGGUUUUGUUCAUAAUUGGAUUCUUUCUGGCUGCGAUCCCAUGGUAUGUUGGCGUGUUUUUUCUACUUUGUGCCAGAGUAGACCACAGAGAGAAACCAGGCUUAGUCGCUUGCACAAUUGCAGUAAGUAAAUUUUUCUAUAAAGAAGUUGUGAAAAUUGUUUUACCAUAUUUUUCUAAACGUUUUUUUUUUAUUUCCUCUGAAGUGGUUUUUGUUUCAUUAUGUUAAUCGAUUUUCCCUUUACAGUCAGUAAACUUUAGUUAUCAGUGAUCGUGAAUAUCAUACUUAUCUUCAGUGAUAUACUUGCUAGAUUAUCAUAAGUUGGCAUUUGCUAAGGCAUAUUCGAAGGUUAAAACUGAAUUUGUUUUAUUUUUAAAAAGAUUAUUGAUAUAUGUGUGAUGCUAUUAUAUUUGCAGUAUAAUAAUUUUAAAAAAAGAUUAAAUUGUUGGGAUAGGUAUUUUUUUUGCCGGUGGGAUGGAAACAGGGAUAAGUGGUACCGUUCCUGCUCCGACCUGAUUUGGUCAAGUUGGUCAAAUUGGACCAGAUCAGGCUAGUGCACCAUGGAUCCAAGAUUGAACUGUAUUCCUAUCCACAUGAAAUCAAGAAGCAAGAUGGUUCAGUUGGUGUUCAAUAUUUUACUUGGCAUAGUCAUCGAUUGAGUCCACAUUUGGUAGAGGGAGAGGUUUCGAAGGUGGAAGGGUUUGAAGAGCAAUGGUUCCGAGAAAUAAAAUGGUUGUAUGCGUCGUAGCGUAACUAGGGAAUUAGGGAAUGAGAUGGAGAUGUGUGAUGGUCGAGAGUUUAUAGACGAUGCUUACCGUGAUCAGACAUUUCACUCAUUAGAAUUGCUUGAUGAAUUAAUUCUUAAGCGGAUGGGUGGAUCAUGCUCAACUGUGCAUAGGAACCAUCUGUACGUGGAUCAUGCUCGAGUUUUACCCUUUUUGUUAUCCCACCAUAUGAUCCACUCGAGCACUGAUGUAUGCAUAUGGAGAUGGAUAAGAAGAGGAUUUCUAUGUCAUCGAGUUUAUUCCAUUAGGGUUUCUAUUCAUCAUGUGGCAGUGGCAUCUAAAGAUGGGCCUGCAUUGAGACCGGUAAAUGUAUGAUAGAGAAAUUACAAGGUUUGUAAAAAUGUGGUUAUGAUAGACGAGCGUUGCUCAAAUCAGAGAUCUUAAGACACAAAACUCUAUUGUGAACCUAUUUCUUCUUUUUUUUUUUUUUUUUGGGUCAACAAAUUACUUUAGAUGACGACGGAUCAAGUGGAGUAGCCGCAUUGAAUUAUUGAUCUUAUUGCUUAAACAGAGCGUACACUUUCACAAUGUCCCGUUUAUGUCAGUCAACAACAUUACUUGUGGAUAAUGUACUGUAUAGCUUACAUACUGUAUGUACAAUGUGUGUUUUGGAUGAUCAAUCAUAAAAUGGAAUGGCUGAAUUAGCAUGACAAUUUACAAAAGUUAUGAAGUUUUUCUGAUGAGUGGGGGUGGUUCACGGUCUUCCAUGAGCAGGCUGCGCUUUCUGCAAUUGCUGCGAUUAUCGGUGGUGCAACCAGUUGAGCUGACGAGUGUGUGUGGCGAGAUUAAUAAAUAGUAAUGUGUAGUAUGUAUGUGUCUGUCUUUCCAACUCGCCAUAUAGAAAGAAAGGGUAGCCAAAAUAUCACUCAAUGUUGGAAUUUCAUACGAGAUCAUGAGACGGAGCCUGUAAAGGUAUCAUUUGUUUAUUCCUUGGGUUCUUGUGAGAAAGAGCAAAGGUUGAGUGGCUGUUCCUUUUGUCUAUCUGACUUUUACUUGCCAUUGGGGGGACAUGUAACUACUCUUUAUGUUCAGCCAUUUAGAGUCUGUCGACGCGUGUUAAAGCCCUCUUCUUCUUUUGCCUCCCCCGCAGAUGGGAUAAGCUUGGUAGGUAGAUUUGAUAACAAUAUGAUGAGAACGAGUCAGCUUGAAUGACUUGUA